AUGGCAGCAGUGGUGGCAGGCCACAGGGUGGAGGACAUGAGGAUAGAUGACCACGGAGACGGAUAUUGUCGAAUAGGAGAACAGUCCGAAUACAGUUUCCGCACUAGUCUCAGAGGCAGAGCUGAUGGAAAUACAGAUGAGUUGGGAAAUGAGAGAAAACAGGCCCAGUGCGGUGAUGAAGACGGCGACGGAGGUGGUGAAGAGGCAGGCUACCCUCACCGGAACCCGCCCGUGGAUCUCUGUCACUACCUCUGCGCGAUGCAAAAGUCUUCUUCAACUCCCAACAUGUUCCUUCUCUUCCCGACUUCCCUCAAUUUCACCGGGUUCGUCCUGAUGAAGGAAGGUUACACUGUCAGGAACAGCAAUGUAAACAAGGUGUUGCCGCUGCUACGGUCAGAACAACAGACGUAA